AUGCAAACAACCAUGCAAGCAGUGGUUGAGAAGGAAGAUUCACCUGCCACAACAAAUCCGGUUGAGCAUUCGAACGUAUCGGAAGCCGACGAAGCAAACGAAGCUGCACAGGAGGCAGAGCUGGAAAGGCUGAGACGUGAGAAAGAAGCUCGAGCGCAGGCACUGACCCUUGAGAUCGUUGGAGAUCUUCCAUAUGCCGAGGUCAAGCCCCCCGAAAAUGUACUUUUUGUAUGCAAACUGAAUCCAGUCACAGAAGAUGAAGAUUUACACACCAUCUUUAGCCGUUUUGGCCCUAUAGUAUCCUGUGAAGUGAUUCGAGAUAAACGAACAGGCGAUAGCCUGCAAUAUGCUUUCAUUGAAUAUGAGAAUCAGAAGGAAUGCGAGCAAGCUUACUUUAAGAUGUCGGGGGUCUUGAUCGACGACCACCGUAUCCACGUGGAUUUUUCGCAGAGUGUAUCUCGCAUAGCUGACGUUUGGAGGACUAAAACAAACGCAAAUAGGAAGCAGUAUGGUGGAGGUUUUGGUGGGGUUGCCGAAUUGGAGAAAAAGCGGCAGUACCGAAAAAUGGAGCCUAUAGAAAACAGACAGCGAGGUGCCGAAGGCUACGAAGCAGAAGCAGAAGCCCUAAUGCUCGUCAUGGACGACGACAAACACCCUCACGAGACCAUGAACAGCGGGAUGAUAGCAGGGGCGUGGGCUCAAAUACGUACAAAAGUCGGAAGCUGUCAAAAGACCGAGGAGAUGAACGAGGUCGUCGCGAUCAGCCGAGAAGACAUGAUGGAGAACUGGACCGGAGAGCACGAGAGGAUAGGUACCGAACGCACGACAGAGAAAGGCGGGGAUGGAGGGACUACGAUCGAGAUGGGAAAGAUAGACUCAUACCACGGCGCGACUGUCAUCACCAAAAUGAACAAAGUUUUCGAGAAGCUCAAUCCCUUCUCUAAAGAAGAGGAACAAGCCAAGGAGCCCUCGGCAGAGGAGCUAAAGCCAUUACGAGAGAGCUAUGCAAAAGCUGGUCAAGACCAGGUCUUUGCUUUCUACGAAGACCUAUCUACCGCCGAAAAAGCGGGCCUGUACAAUCGACUCUCCUCUAUUGACCCUAGUCACAUCAACCAGCUUGCUGAGAAGGCCUUACAUCCUCCAAAAGAAGCAGGUAAAGAAGAAGCAAAGCUCGAACCUUUACCAGACUCUGCAACAGCCUCAAUUCUAGAUUCACAACCCGAGGAUAUUGAACAAUGGCACAGCUCUGGGCUUGAUCUAGUUUCAGAAGGUCAGGUGGCUGUCGUGCUCAUGGCGGGCGGCCAAGGUACAAGGUUAGGAAGCUCUGCACCGAAGGGCUGUUUCAACAUCGGCCUUCCGACUCAAAAGUCAUUGUUCCAGAUACAAGCCGAAAGAAUAUGGAAGAUUCAACAGCUAGCAGAGAAGAAAAGUGGCAAGAAGAACGUCGCCGUGCCAUGGUACGUAAUGACGAGUGGGCCAACCCGGAGACCCACAGAACAAUUUUUUGAAGAGAACAAUUACUUUGGGCUUGAGAAGGACAACGUCGUGAUCUUCGAACAAGGCAUCUUGCCUUGCAUAUCCAACGAGGGCAAAAUUUUAAUGGAGACUAAAGCCAAGGUCGCCGUAGCCCCAGAUGGAAAUGGGGGAAUUUACCAGGCACUCUUGACAUCAAAUGUGAGAACAGACAUGCGCAAGCGAGGCAUCAAGCACAUCCAUGCCUAUUGUGUCGAUAAUUGCCUGGUCAAGGUGGCGGAUCCCGCUUUCCUUGGCUUUGCAGCAUCGAAAGACGUGGAUAUCGCAACGAAAGUUGUCCGAAAGCGCAAUGCGAAGGAGUCUGUUGGUCUCAUUCUGCAAAAGAAUGGCAAACCUGAUGUAGUUGAAUACUCGGAAAUAGACAGUGCGACAGCAGAAGCCAAAGAUAGCAAACAACCAGACCUCUUAAAAUUCCGAGCGGCAAACAUCGUCAACCAUUACUACUCAUUCAGGUUCAUGGAGUCCAUUGAACAAUGGGCACAUAAGCUUCCACAUCACGUAGCCAAAAAGAAAAUCCCAUGCAUCAACACCGAGAAUGGGGAGUCCAUCAAACCUGACAAGCCAAAUGGCAUCAAGCUGGAACAGUUCGUCUUCGAUGUUUUCCCAUUGCUUGACCUCCAAAAGUUUGCUUCGAUGGAAGUCAAACGAGAGGACGAAUUCUCACCUCUCAAGAAUGCUAAAGGUACCGGCGAAGACGACCCUGACACAAGCAAGAAGGACAUCAUGGACCAGGGCCAGCGAUGGAUCCAGGCAGCCGGAGGAACGAUCGAGAGCGAAACUGGCGAUGAAGAAGGCGUCGAGAUUUCGCCGCUAAUCAGCUACGGAGGGGAAGGCCUCGAGUUUCUCAAUGGGAGAACUAUCAAGGCUCCUGCAGAACAUCUAGUUGCUGAGAAAAGAAAAGUGAUAUGCCUGACGGCCUUGCAAUAUGGGGCGCGGACGCUGGGCUCUUUCGAUGUGCAUCGAAGCACUUAUUCACCUAAGAGCAAGCGCCUGGAAGCUGAGGCUGAUGCUUGCGUCUUCAUAGUCGGAAAUGUCGUCGCUGUCUCGCCGCGCAGGUCUGCUCCUCAUCUGAACGCCUUUGCUAUAAUUGCAAGCAACCUGGACAUGAAUCCAACGGCUGCCCGCAUCCUCGUACCACUGAAACGAAGCAAUGCUACCACUGCCAAGGUCUUGGACAUGUGCAGGCAGACUGUCCGACGCUCCGCAUUAGUGGUGCAGGAGCUGGACAGCGCUGCUACUCUUGCGGUCAAAUGGGCCAUCUAG